CUGAGACUUCCUACCGGGCACCGGCUUGAACGCGCAAAAAUUCCUUCAGCCUCAGGAGCGUCAAGUAAUGUUACCAGAUGGAGAUUCAAGAAAAUCACAUCACCAGCAAGUGGCACUCUCCUCCUAUGGAGGGUGUCAAGGUUGCAUCGAAAUGGUUCCUCUCCCCAGGCGCAUCGGUGUUGAAGACUCGGUUCUGCCUCAGAGACCUCCUAUUUGGGAAGUGAUGAGUCAGCAAAGUCCCAAAGUCGGAAAUGUCGGUCGAGGGAAAGGCUUUGCACCUUUGCUGCCUGAAAUCAUCCCUCUUAGAAUGACAUGUAAAACAAUAGCUUCUUGUUACUACUAGUAAGGCACCUGUUACUAGUAGCGUGGCACUUGUUACUAGUAGAAACAAUACGUCUAAAGAUUGUCUGGUUGCAUGUUAGUUUUUGUUCGUUUCUUCUCUGCAUGGCUUACCUUUGAUGGCCCAAAGCAGGGUUUUGGGCCCGAUGGCUCUGGGGCCGCUUUGAUUGCCUCGAGCCAUGCAGCCCACGGUGCGACCAGGCGCCGUUCCCAAGUAUGCGCCGGUGAAUUAUCAGGUCCCCAGGCCGGCGGGGAUCCCCGUCACCGUGCCCAAUGGCCCACACGGAGUGGCGCCGACCGCAUACCAGGCCUCGCAGACUCCGCGACCAAUGAUGGUCAAGAACCCGAAUGGCAGCAUCACCCACUAUGCCAUGCCUUUUCAGGCACAAGUGGCGCAUGCGAAGCCAGUCACGGCGCCUGCGGGCCCUGCGGGCCCUGCGGGCCCUGCAGCACCUGUCCAGGCUCCUAUGAUGAAGAUGCCCGACGGGAGCCUCCGACCUUAUGCUCCACCAGUGCAACGUGCCACCGCAUCUGCUGCAGCUCUCUUCAAUGAAUUGGAUCAAAACAAGGAUGGCGUGAUCUCCAGGGAAGAGUUCAUGCGCAUGCAGGCGAAGCAAAUGCCUGCUCCAGUUCCAGCUCCAGUACCAAAGUCUUCAGAAGGCUAUACCCAGCCUGCGCAGCCUGCAACUGCACAAGCUGUGACACGGGCCGUGUCAAAGCCCGCCCCUGUGCUGCCGAAAGUGGCUCCGGCUCCAGAGAGCAUCCCGCCUGUGGCCACAGCGGCUGUGGCGGCUCCAAUUGAGAAGAAGCAGGAGGAGCUUUCCGAAGCUGCAGAUGCGGCGGAAGCGAAGAAAUGUGGGACCCUUUGGGAUGCAGCGAAAGCGGGCAACAUCGCGGCAGUGCGGCACUUCCGGAAGAAGGGCACUCCCAGCAUUGAAGAGAAGGACUCAACAGGCAAGUGCGCGUUGUUGCUGGCGGCAGAGCAAACCCAAAUGGACUUGGUGAAGUUUCUUUUGGACUGUGGAGCAAAGACAGAAGCCAAAGACAACGAAGGCGCUACAGCCCUGCACUACGCCGCCUCGAAGGGCCAUGUCGAGUUGGUUCGCUUGCUUCUGGACCGAGGUGCCAACAUCGAAGCGAAGGACGACAGCGAAUGUGGCACACCUUUGCAUUUGGCUGCCUCGAAUGACCAUGCGGAGGUGGUUCGAGUCUUGUUGGACAGUGGUGCCGAUGUGAAAGCCAAGGACUCUCAGGGUCAGACGCCCUUGCACCGUGCAGCACCAUAUGCCCAUGCUGCUUCCAGCCGCUUUCUGCUGGAUGGUGGUGCAGAGAUCAAUGCGAAAGACUGUCAAGGUGAGACCCCACUGCACCAAGCUGCUUUGCAAGGCCAUGUGGAGGUGGUCCGCUUCUUGCUGGAGCGCAAGGCUGACCUAGAGGUCACUGACGACGAUUUUGGUGAGACACCAUUGCAUUUUGCAGCCGCGUGUGGUCACAAAGAGAUGGUUGAGUUAUUGCUUGACAACCGCGCCAACAUUGCAGCGAAGGACCGAGAAGGCUCGUCCGCCUUGGAUUUGGCAAAGAAGAGCAGCCGAAGUGUGGUCGUUGAACUCUUGGAGAAGCGAGCUCAGUGAAGCCUGCUGGAGCCAGGCAUGGAUCUGUGGUGACACAAACUGAUGUGUUUUUUCACUGGCAAGUUCGACCUCCAAAUAGUUGAAAUGCAGUCCCAUAGUUCUUCAGUAUAAGUCUUCCAAAUGCUCAGCCAGGUCUGGAAAUUUCAUUGAUUUGCUUAAUUCGUGGAUAAUGCAUCGAAUUUGCGAACGUUCAAGAAGAAAACUAGACGACAGGGUGGCCCA